AUGGCUUCUCCACAGGACCAGCAGGUACCUCAGCAGUCCACUACUACUACUGCUGGACAGCCUAGUUCUUCUACACCACCAGCUAUAGCUCCUAAUGAUCCAUCAUCAAUCAGUUCGACUUCAGUUCCACCUGCCAAGCCGAAGCUGCCAUUUCCAGAACGGUUUGAGAAGUCAAGUGAAGACAAGCAGUUUGCUAAGUUUCUGGAGAUGAUGAAAGAUGCGCAGAUUACCAUCCCCAUCCUUGAUGCUGUCUUACAUGUUCCGAUGUAUGCAAAGUUCUUUAAGGAGCUGCUCACAAAGAAGCGAAACAUUAACGAGCCAGAAGUGGUUACUCUUACUAAGGAAUGCAGUGCAGUCAUUCAAAAUAAGAGACCUCCCAAGUUAGAUGACCCAGGCAGUUUCUGUAUUCCAUGCUUGAUAGGAUCUAAAAGUUUCCGUGCUUUAUGUGAUCUUGGCUCUAGUGUGAGUGUGAUUCCCCUCUCUGUCUGCGAGGCACUACCUUUGGGUGAUGUACGGCCGACUACCAUGACUCUCCAGCUUGCUGAUCGCACUUAUCGCCAUCAGGCAGGCAUUUUGGUUGAUGUCCCUGUGAUAGUUGGUAACUUCGCAUUUCCAGUUGAUUUUGUUGUCUUGGAGAUGGAGGAUAAGAGCGAGCCUAUUAUUUUGGGGAGACCCUUUCUAGCUACUGCAGGGGCUGUCAUCGAUGUGAAAGAUGCUAAGCUCACGCUUCAAUUUGGUGAGGAGAAAGUCUCAUUUGACAUGAGGCAUCCAACUCACCUUCCUCACUGUCCAGACCUGUGUUUCACCAUUGAUGUGAUUGAUGAGUGUGUUACUGAGACAUAUUUGAGUUCAGAGGAUGUGUCAGCAUUGGAGGAUGAGAAGUCUAUUCUUUAUAAUGAGCAUACUUCUAUUGAUCCAUCUCCUGUAGCUCUAAUUGAUUCUUCUCAGGAGGCUUCUCUUACUUAUGAUCUUAUACCAUCUUCAGCUCCUAAGGUAGAUCUGAAACCUCUUCCUGAGCAUUUGAGAUAUGAGUUUCUUGGAUCUGAUAAUACAUAUCCUGUUAUUGUGAGUUCUCGUCUGACUCCUAUGGAGAUUGACCGUCUUCUUGAAAUUCUUCGUCGAUAUCGAGCUUAG